AUGGAUAAAUCGUUUGUAACCACGUACAUCGAGUUGAUUAACUUGGGCCCAGAUGCAGGACCUCGUCAUGCACUGGUUACUUCUCUAGGACCAUCUUUGCCAAAAUUACCCACCCUUUCAACAGUACUUGUCAAAUCGAUUAAACCUCCUCAUGUCUUUUCCAUGCCAGUAACAGUGCCAGAGGCACUGUCGGUUUAUGUGCUAAAAAAGGCUCUUGCUGAAAAGGUGCUGGUCCCAUGGGAGAAUAUCACACUCAUGUCGGGAACAAAAGUUCUUCUGGACACAAUGACGGUGCCCGGCACCGUCAUCGCUAUGAUUAAGACUAAACUGCACCAUUAG